UCUGGUUGGGCGGCUGCUGUCCUCUCGCCGGUUGCAGCCUGCCCUCAAGAGCGUGCGGCGCGAGGUACUGAACGCCAGUACACCAGAACUGAUGUCGGAGAGCAAUUCAUCGACAAGCUGCACAACAGAACCGGAGAUCACCGGGAUAGGAAGUGGGCACUCUUAUUGUGUUGGAAUGGAGCCAGCUGCGUCAGACGCAUAGAUUCAGGUGGUCGUACUGUGUAUUGAGGCGUCUGUCAAGAGUAAGCAGCACAGCAUCCAUGAAGGCUUUUGCAUAUUCACUUUGAUGUCACCAAUAUGCCAAGAUCCUGUCGAAGACACGCCCUAAGCGGUUCUGUGAGAGGCGAUGGAACGCAGUGACAUGUUGACCAUGAUAAGAUAUCUCAGCGGAUUUUCCUUUCAAUCACACUAGACAGUAAAGAAGCCUAUUAUUUAGGAUUGAUGUCCCAUGUGGCAGGGGCGGCCUCAACAUGCACCGUCCAAUCUGAGACAUCCCAUGUCAGCCUGGUCAUAGAGUUUCCAAUGCUGCCGCCACCUGUAAAGCCAACAAAGUAAACAGAGAUGCCUUCUAAGGUCUCCUGUUUGUACUUGCUGACAGUGGUUUGCUGGGCCAGUGCUCUCUGGUAUCUGAGCGUGACCCGCCCAUCCACUUCCUAUGUGGGCCAGCUGAACAUCCCGAUUCACAAGGCACCCAAGAUGAGUAAGAACACCACCUUCGGUAACUACCGCACUCGCUCUCUGAAUCCGCAUGACUUUGACUACCUCAUCAAUGAUGCCAAGAAAUGUGAGACGGAGACCCCUUUUCUCGUGAUCCUGAUAAGCACCACCCACAAGGAAUUUGAUGCACGGCAGGCCAUAAGAGAAACGUGGGGUGACGAAAGUACAUUUCCUGACGUGCGUGUGGUCACGCUCUUCUUGUUGGGUCGCAGCACGGACGCUGUCCUUAACCACAUGGUGGAGCAGGAGAGCCAGAUCUUCCACGACAUUGUCGUUGAGGAUUUUAUUGACUCUUACCACAACCUGACUCUCAAGACACUGAUGGGAAUGCGCUGGGUGGCCACCUUCUGCUCUAAAGCCCAAUAUGUUCUCAAAACAGACAGUGACAUCUUUGUCAAUAUGGAGAACCUCAUCUACAACCUCCUCAAACCCAGCACCAAGCCCAGGAGGAGAUAUUUCACAGGCUACGUCAUCAACGGCGGGCCAAUCAGAGACAUGCGGAGCAAGUGGUACAUGCCGAGAGACUUGUACCCAGACAGCAAGUACCCACCAUUCUGCUCCGGCACUGGCUACGUGUUCUCGGCAGAUGUAGCCGAGCUCAUCUACCAAACCUCACUACACACCAGGCUGCUACAUCUGGAGGACGUGUACGUGGGAGUGUGUCUGCGUAAGCUGGGGAUCCACCCCUUCCAAAACAGCGGUUUCAACCACUGGAAAAUGGCUUACAGCCUCUGCCGCUAUCGACGAGUGGUCACCGUUCAUCAGAUCUCGCCUGAAGAGAUGCACCGCAUUUGGAACGACAUGACCAGCAAGAAACAUCUUAAAUGUUAGCAGGACUCCUCCAGCCUCACUCUGUGAGUCAGGGAGCUAUUGAUUGACCUUCUAUCUAUCUAUCACUUCUCCAACAUCGGCAAACACUGUACAGCACAAAGCACUGCGCUGAAAGGAGAGUAUUGACAAACCAUUCAGGGCUUUGUCCAAAUACUGAUUGCUUUGCCGGGAGUUCCUUUAGCACAACGCCAAACAUGCCUGUCUGUAACCUCCAUUUUGUCAAGUGUUUUUAUGUGCAUCCAACCUUGCACACUCGCUUGUACGGAGGUGGUGGGCGUCAUGCCUUUGUUUUUAAAUCACCAGGAGUAUUAACAGUGACCAGUGAUUGGAUCAAUACCAACACACGUCAUUCAAGUGACUGCGUUUGCCAUUUGCGUUGAACUCAAGUUCUACUGAAUGUAUGUGUAUCUUCUGUUGUACUAAAGCCAAGUUUCCACCAGGUUCCAUCAGUUCAUGGCAGGUUAUGUUGGUGUGUUAACCAGUUCACAGAUGGCAAUACCGUGUUUUCCGGACUAUAAGGCGCACCGGAUUAUAAGGCGCACCUUCAAUGAAUGGCCCAUUUUAAAACUUUGUCCA